CAUUCUGCGUUUCCCCCAGCGCUUGCUUUGUACACCAUCGCACAGCGCAGCAGUGUUCUCUGCUGCUGCAGUGCUCACCACCCUCCCUGCUGGGGCAGUAAACCUCGGGUAUUGAGCACCGUAGUGGGUAGGAGUUGAUACCAAUACACGUGGUGGAAACGCACGUUUCCUGAGGACAGCAGCAGUAGUACAGCUGCUGUCGUCGGUCUUGCAGCCUGCUCAAAGGCAUCGCGAAGAAGACAUGCCCCAGCAACACAGACGUCGACAGCGACGACCGGUCCAGCAGCCGUGGGCGUCGGGCACAAGUGCAAUAGUCCUUCUGGCCCUUCUUUUGGGCCGAUGCCAAGGCUUCGCGUUCAGCAGCAAGGCCCAUCACACCCGCCUCGACAGCCCCGCCGCACACAACAGCAACCACCGCCGGGAUGUUGCUGCCCCGGUCCUGCAGCGGUCGCGCAGAAGACGACGGCAUCCCGCGUCCCCGACCAUCGCCGGGGCGCACCGCGAUAGCGGUGACUACGGAAGGUUCAGCGAUACGGGCGAUGAGCCAGCUUACCGACCGGCGACCGCGGCGGGGGGAGCAUCGAGGUCGGGGCGGGACUGGGAGGAGAUAGGCAACGCGGACGUGUUGGUGCCGAGGGACGUGGACUAUCCUCUGGGGGUGGUGCACUUCGUCGGGGGGCAAGGGGUGGGGGUGUUCCCGAGGAACGCGUACGGGGCGCUGCUCGAGGGGUUGGUAGAUGCAGGCUUCCUGGUGGUGGCGACCCGCGUGCGGCUGAACGAGUUCAACCACGACCAGCUGGCGUGCGACGUCGCUCGCGACUUUCGGGUGGCGUACCGCGACGUGGAGGCGCUGUACGGGCGGACGGCCAUGCGCCGCAUCCCCCUCUUCGGGGUGGGCCACUCCCUGGGCGCCAAGGUGCACGUCCUGCUGAACUGCUACCCGGAGGUGGUGGACGUGGCCAGGCGGAGAAAGGCAAACGUCAUCAUCAGCUUUAACAAUUUUCCGGCCAAGGACAGCGUGCCGUUCAUCAACGAGUUGCGUGAGCUCGGGCUGUCGAUGGAAAACUUCGGGCCUCUGGGCGAUAACCUGUCUGGAAUCGCCAAAGCGGUCUCCGGGCUCCCGUUGGUGAACGGUUUUGCGUCGCAAGGGUUGUCCUUGGCAGAAGAGUGGGGACCAAAGGCGGCCUCUGCCGUCGGGUCCAUGCUGUCGGACGUACCCCAGGAGUUUAAGCCCUCGCCGGAGGCAACCUGGGAUCUGCUGACGGACCGGUACUCGGUGCGGAACAACCUUGUUCUGCAGUUCAAGCGCGACACGAUAGACCAGAGCCCGCAGCUCGCCGAGGUGCUCUUCAACCGCUUCGGAAGGGACGGGGAGCUGGAGUUUUCGAGGCUUGACGGCACGCACGUAACUCCAAACACGCCAGACUUCCGAGACACGCGACAAGCACGGGACUGGGCGGACAGAGCCGGCAUGGGGGCGCAAGGCGAUGCAUUCGUGGAGGGAGGGGCCAGAGUGGCGGCGUCGACUGCGAGCCUCGAAUUGGACGAGCUCAUUAAGGCGCUCACGUCUUACCUCCGGUCUCAGUCGCUGUGGGUGCGCCGAGAGGGGCGGUGGGACAGCGACGAGAUGUGAACCGCUUCAAGGAAGCGAUCAAUGUAUUGCGUUGUACUGCUGUAUCAUCAUGUCCAUAAGAAAUCCUUCGGUAUGUGUGUCUCCCGCUACCCUUCCUUCCAGUUGCCGUCCUCUGGGCGAUCACUCCCUUGUCGUUGACAGACUGUUGUGUUGUAGGUCUUCACAUAAAAUUGUUUUUCGGUGAAGACACUUCACAAAGAGAUGUAUGUGUUUUUUUGUCUGUGCCACUGUACCCGUUCGUCUACUUCACGAGGAGCACAACGUAGCCGCCCGCGCUGCUGCCCAGGGUGUCUCGAGACCCUUGCCAUUUCCCACUGUGUGCAACCGGGGUAACAUCGGGGCGGGACCAGGGCUUUGUCGGGAAAGGUGCCGCGGUCAUUUUGGGUGCGGUCACCUGCUCUAUGCUCUGGCCUCUCUUGCCUAUGUCAGGG